CAGAAGCAAAAUUUGCCAAAUUAAUGGAGAAUUUGAGGACACAGUGGGCAUUUCACAUCUCCAAAAACAUAAAAGAAAAUCAAAGUCCGUUUUUAAAGUUCCCAAAUUUCUUAUAUAAUUGAUGGAUAUAUCAAAAUCUUAUAUAUUUAUGAAAAUAUAAUAAAAAUAAAUUAGUCUUUUUUUUUUUUAGUUUAAGGGUAGUUUUUAAACAAAAAGUUUGGGUUACAUUUUGGGUCUUUAAAAUGGGUUGUUGAUUUGAGGUCUACAAAUUGUUGGAAGGGAUUAGAUGAACAAAUGUUGAAUCUGAAUUUACAUUCAUUCUUGUAUGUAUAACAUUGUAUUCAUCAACGUCUUAAUUGGGUAUUCAAAAAUCACAACCCUGCUCCAUUCUUCAAUUUCUUGUUCCAUUCAAUCGAAUUCUGAUGCUAUCCCCUACGCUUUCACAUUCCCUCCAACCAUUUCUCCCUCCCAACCUUCAUUUUCCUCUUCAAAACUGCGGGACCGAACGAGAAGCAAACCAACUCCACGCUCUCUCGAUCAAAACAGCCUCCUUGAAUCACCCUUCAGUGUCUUCUCGUCUUUUGGCUCUUUAUGCAGAUCCCAGAAUCAACAAUCUUCAAUAUGCUCACUCCCUUUUCGACUGGAUUCAAGAACCCACUUUGGUUUCUUGGAAUUUACUCAUCAAGUGCUACAUCGAGAACCAACGUUCAAAUGAUGCCAUUGCGUUGUUCUGCAAAUUGCUUUGUGAUUUCGUGCCUGAUUCUUUUACAUUGCCUUGUGUUCUAAAGGGUUGUGCUCGAUUGGGUGCAUUACAGGAAGGGAAACAGAUUCAUGGCUUGGUAUUGAAAAUUGGGUUUGGUGUCGAUAAGUUUGUUUUGAGUAGUUUGGUUAGUAUGUAUUCUAAAUGUGGUGAGAUUGAGCUGUGUAGGAAAGUGUUUGAUCGAAUGGAAGAUAAGGAUGUAGUAUCGUGGAAUUCUUUGAUUGAUGGGUAUGCUAGGUGUGGUGAAAUUGAAUUGGCACUGGAGAUGUUUGAAGAAAUGCCAGAGAAGGAUUCUUUUUCGUGGACUAUUCUCAUUGAUGGUCUUUCGAAAAGUGGGAAGCUUGAGGCUGCUAGAGACGUAUUCGAUCGAAUGCCUAUUCGAAAUUCUGUAUCUUGGAAUGCUAUGAUUAAUGGGUACAUGAAAGCAGGGGAUUCUAACACGGCAAAAGAAUUAUUCGAUCAGAUGCCAGAGAGAAGCCUCGUUACAUGGAAUUCGAUGAUCACUGGAUAUGAGCGGAACAAGCAGUUUACAAAAGCCUUGAAGCUGUUUGAGGUCAUGUUGAGAGAAGAUAUAUCACCCAAUUAUACUACUAUCCUUGGAGCUGUUUCUGCAGCUUCAGGAAUGGUUAGUCUUGGUACGGGAAGAUGGGUUCAUUCCUAUAUAGUGAAAAGUGGAUUCAAAACAGAUGGUGUGCUCGGCACAUUGCUGAUAGAAAUGUACUCCAAGUGUGGCAGCGUUAAGAGUGCCCUCAGAGUUUUUCGGUCUAUACCCAAAAAGAAAUUGGGGCAUUGGACGUCUGUCAUUGUAGGCUUAGGAAUGCAUGGAUUGGUCGAGCAAACUCUUGAGUUAUUUGAUGAAAUGUGCAGAACUGGAUUGAAGCCUCAUGCUAUUACUUUUAUUGGAGUGUUGAAUGCUUGUAGUCAUGCAGGAUUUGCAGAAGAUGCACAUCGGUACUUUAAGAUGAUGACAUAUGAUUAUGGAAUCAAGCCCUCUAUCGAACACUACGGUUGCUUGAUCGAUGUUCUGUGUCGAGCUGGACAUCUUGAAGAGGCAAAGGAUACCAUUGAGAGAAUGCCCAUCAAAGCAAACAAAGUAAUUUGGACGAGUCUACUAAGUGGUUCAAGGAAACACGGAAACAUAAGAAUGGGGGAAUAUGCAGCUCAACAUCUGAUUGAUUUAGCACCGGAUACUACUGGAUGUUAUGUUAUUCUUUCGAACAUGUAUGCUGCCGCUGGCUUGUGGGAAAAGGUUCGGCAAGUAAGAGAAAUGAUGAAGAAGAAAGGAAUGAAAAAGGAUCCAGGAUGCAGUUCCAUUGAGCAUCAAGGUUCAAUUCAUGAAUUCAUCGUGGGAGAUAAGUCACAUCCUCAAACUGAAGAGAUAUACAUCAAACUAUGUGAGAUGAAAAAGAAAUUGAAUGUAGCGGGGCAUAUUCCCGACACAACUCAAGUUUUGUUAUGCCUUGAAGAGGAUAAUGAGAAAGAAGCAGAACUUGAAACCCACAGUGAGAGGUUAGCAAUAGCUUUUGGUCUUCUUAAUAUCAAGCACGGAAGUCCUAUCCGCAUCAUAAAGAAUCUUCGUAUCUGCAACGAUUGCCAUGCUGUGACUAAACUUCUUUCUCAUAUUUACAACCGUGAGAUAAUUAUCAGAGAUGGUAGUCGAUUCCAUCACUUUAAAAGUGGGUCUUGUUCAUGUAAAGAUUUUUGGUGACUUCUUCUCAUCUAAGUGGGUGGUAAAUCUUUCCUUCCUACUUGAGCAACUAGCAUCGUGUUCAUCUAAUACUUGUCUUCAUGAAUUCAGGUAAUUUUCCGUUGCAAGUUGGUAUAUCUUAGGUCUUUCGAGGUUAUAAGUUCGGUUGUAAAGUUUCAUGAUUUUAGUUUCUUUAUGUCUCAAACAAAACAAAGGAAAAGCGUUCUUUGUAGCAUUCAAUCCCUUCGUCAACCUCUUAUCUUUCCUAUGGAUCAAUCAAUUAGUAUAUUUUUUAAAACCUAUGAAUAGUGUGUGCCAUCUGCCGAGAUGCUGCUGACAUUCUAUACGUGAAAAUAACACAAAGCAUAGAAAAUUUUGAACUUUACUGAUACAGAUUUAAUUGCAGGGAGUCUCUACUUGAGAAAUUACAUCAACAUGUGAUUUUCAGGAGGAGAUGCUUAAGUGUGUAAAA